AUGCAAAGUUCAGAUUCCCAACUGAUCGUAAAGAGGUUUCCGAUUCAGGUGCACCAUUUCGUGAUCAGCGCGCUUUACGUGGAGCCAUGUGACUUGAGCCUCAAGACGUCCACGUGUGCAAUCCCGAACUACCUGAUUCUCUGUUUUAUUGUUGGAAUGGUCUUGAGCCAGACUGUCCUUUGGAUGGAUCGCCUAGCUGCCACCAUAUCGCCACUGCUCUACAGCAAACAUGUAAAAAUGAUUGGAGUGGUACUUUCUAUGACCACAGUCUUUCUGGCGUUUUUGGUUCCAUUUAUACUGCUCAGAGGAGAUCCCUACAAUGACUACGUGCUCACGUGUAUAAUGACUCCCAGAAGGAAGUGCUGCUCAGAUAAACGCUCUUUUCUACUCGUUCUGCUGCCUGAACACUGCUGCUGUUUUCGUCAAUGUCUGCCUCUUCUUCGCUAA